AUGCUUCUAACAAUUCUCAAGGAUCCAUUUGUCUAUUCCAUGUGCUUCUAUAUAAUUUCUGCAUUCUCACUUCCAAUUCAUAUAUUCGGAGGGUACUGUAUUCUGUAUAAAACUCCAGUUAUCAUGAAAUCAGUGAAAUGGGCGCUGUUCAACCUUCAUUUCUGGUCUGCCGCCCUGGAUAUUUCGAUUAGCUUGUUCGUUCAGCCAUAUCAAUGUACUCCAGCGUUGGCUGGGUUUUCAAUGGGGCUCUGGGGUUGGAUGGGAGUUCCACCACCAAUUUGGACCCUUAUUCAUUUUGUUAUUUUUAGAUUAGUCCCGGUCUCCAUAAUCUCCAUGUUUGAAAACCGCUACUUCGUCUUAUUCGUCGAAAAGGGCGGCCCCUGGCGAUAUCUCCGUUAUCCUUUUCUAAUAUUAAAUUACACACUUUCUUUGGCUUUUUGCAUUCCAGUUCACCUAGAAGUUCCGCCAGAUCAGGAGAAAGCCAGGCGCAUGUUAUUCGAAAUGUACCCGCAGGCUUGUGAUAGCAUAACUGAUAAAUCGUUAAUAUCUGUUGCAAAUUUUGGUAACAGCGGUUGGACGAACAUACGGGAAAAUUCUCUGACAUGCUUUGUGCUACUCGAGAUUAUAUUUUUUGUUGUAUUGAUAAGGGUGAAAAUGAAUAGAGCCCUAAAAAAUAUCAGAUCAUCAUUAUCUCUUAACACACUUGAAACUCAAAAGAAAUUCAUUCGAGCCUUGAAACUACAGAUUGCUAUUCCAAUUCUCAUUAUAUUCCUCCCAGCCACAAUUGCCGCUGUUCUAGCCAUGCAAAGUUCCAGCCAACAGGAAGUUCAUAACCUAAUAACCUUACUCAUAUCUCUUCAUGGAGUAUCCGCUACAAUCCUUAUGAUAUAUCUACAGAAACCAUAUCGCGAAGAAUUCCUGAAAACCAUUUGUUGUAGGAAGCCGGCUGAAGGGGAAAUUUUCAAAGUUUUUUCCGCGGUACUGGCCAUAAAAGUAUGGAAAAAAGGUGUGGUGGGAAAUCAAGCACUGUAAUGGGGAGUCAUCAGGACGAAUAUGAAAGCAAGGAGCUCAGCUCACAUUCAUAGAAUCUCCACAAGUCUACUCUAACAUUUUGUAUAUUACUUCCGCAUUCUCACUACCAAUUCACAUAUUUGGAGGGUACUGUAUACUGUAUAGGACCACAGUUUUCAUGAAAUCAGUUAAAUGGUCAUUGUUCAAUCUCUACCUUUGGUCAUUUGCAUUGGAUAUAUCUUUGAGUCUAUUCAUUCAACCGUACUUUUGCUCUCCAGCUUUUGCUGGGUUUCCCC